CGGCCCCCGCUCGGCCCCAGUCGGGUCCCGCUCCAUCCCGGUCUGGUCCGGUCCUCGGCUGGUCCCGGCCCCAUGCGCCGCCUUUUGCUGCUCCAGCUGCUGCUGCUCCCGGGGCUGCUGGCCGCCUUCCAGCCUGACUGGAGCCGGCUGCAGGGCCUGGCCCGGGGCAAAGUGGAGACCUGCGGAGGAUGACAGCUGAAUAGGCUGAAGGAAGUCAAAGCUUUCGUCACCGAGGACAUCCCGCUCUACCACAACCUGGUGAUGAAGCAUCUUCCUGGCGCCGAUCCUGAGCUUGUGCUCCUCAACUUCCGCUAUGAGGAGCUGGAGCGAAUUCCCCUCAGCCACAUGACCCGUGCCGAGAUCAACCAGCUGGUGCAGGACCUAGGCUUCUAUCGCAAAGCAGAGCGGGAUGCACCUGUACCUCCAGAGUUCCAGCAGGCCCCAGCAAAGACCUCAGACCUGCGGGAAAAGGUCCAGCCCCAAGAGACACCCAAGUCAGAGGAGCAGAACCACCCCGACCUCUAGGUCCCAACAUGUGGUUUCAUUGCUGGAUGCCCCAGAGGGCAGGGGAGGACAAGUCUACAGGUACAGGGUGUGGGUGACCUAGAGAUGGAUGGUACGUUUGGGCCCUACAGGUUGGGGUCCGUUUAUUUUGGUGACAAAGGUACCAGGGGCUUCUGGCAGUGUCCUGAGACUGGAAGAAAUCGGUUAAUUUACCCCGCUCUGUCCUGGAGAAACCAAGUUACACUGCUUGGGUUGCUGAGGCUCCCCCUGUUCACGGAACCCCCUUUUGCCAGGGACAGAAUGAAGUCUUCAGCUUAAAGGGCUCCUUGCUGAAGGCAGAUGCCCAAGUCCUAGAGCAAGCAGGGGCCCGUGGGGGUGGCCUUGCCACGCCUGGUGCAGUAAAGUGUCCUUUCCUACCAGCC